AUGUCUACUGGCGAUGCUCCCCCAACUGGACAAGCCUUAGCGACAGCCUCAGUUACACCGGUAUCCUCCAUCGCCGUCAAACUUCCUCCGUAUUGGGAUCGCAACCCCGCGACGUGGUUUAUUCAAGCGGAAGCACAGUUUCACCUCUCCGGCAUCUCGGCCGAACGUACCAAGUAUUACCACGUCAUCGCGGCCCUUUCACCAUCAGCGGCAGAAGAAGUGUUUGAUAUCAUUGCCAACCCUCCCGCCGAUACCCCGUACCAAGCCCUGAAAGCGGCACUCUUGAAGCGUACAUCGCCGUCCGACCGCGCCCGUCUGCAACAGCUGUUGUCAGCUGAAGAACUAGGCGACCGGCACCCAACCCAACUGCUGCGCCGAAUGAAACAGUUACUCGGCGAAGGAAGCAAUGCCAGUACCGACAGUUUCCUCCGCGAGCUAUUCCUCCAACGGCUCCCUAAAAAUGUCCAGAUGGUUCUUGCCAGCACUCACAACCUCGGCAUUGAAGAACUAGCGAGUUUGGCUGACGCAGUCAUGGAAGUCGCAUCACCUGCUACUAUGACCUUGGAUUCCGUCCAAGCGCCUCAAGUCGAUGCUCCCCCAAGUGUACCUCCCUUCCCUGACGCCAACUCGAAUUUCGCCACUCUUUCCCAACAAGUCGCUCACCUGACUCAAUUAGUUGCGGCUUUGUCCACCCGAUCCCGCUCUCCGUCGCCACGUCGCCAGCGUUUCCGCUCCCGCAACCGGUCUCCUCGCCAUCGCAGCCCAGGUUCACGCGACAGGAACGGGCUUUGCUGGUACCAUCACCGCUUCGGCCAGGAAGCCCGACACUGCUUCCAACCUUGCGCGUGGUCGGGAAACCCGCCGGCCAACCACUAG